GCUAAAGAAACCAAACAGUCUCAAUCUUUCUCUGUGAUCAUGGAAGCCAAUAGCAGCAAGGAAACAAUCAUUACGGUGGCCGGAAAAGAAACCACCACCGCCGCACCCACGCCAUGCAGGUGGAAUCCGACGAAAGAACAGAUAGACAUGCUGGAGAAUUUAUAUAAACAAGGUGUGAGAACACCAACAGCUGAUCAGAUUCAAGAGAUUACAACCAAAUUACAAACUUUUGGUCACAUUGAAGGCAAAAAUGUGUUUUAUUGGUUUCAAAAUCAUAAGGCAAGACAAAGACAGAAGCAAAAACAAGAUCAUCUCUCUUAUUUUCAUCAAUAUUAUCUGCAUCACAACCACCACCCUGCGGUGCCCCCCGGGAUCUAUCCGGUACCCCAUCAUCCAAACGUUUUAUAUGGCCAAUGCUACAUACCACAACGUGACAUAGGGUUCUACAAUCAGUACCCAAAGAUGCUACUACCUAGUGCCACCACAACCAAGAGAAGAUCACCACGGACCACCACCCGAACCAAGGCGUCUUUCGGUGCAGGAACCAUCGCCGGAGGGAAUAAUAUGAUCAAGUCAAAGAUGGUCAAUGGCAAAAACUACAAUCAUCAAGAGACUUUGGAUCUUUUCCCACUUCACCCGACCGGGAUAUUGCAACAAAAGGAAGCCAAUGCAAACAAUGUUAACGUUUGUGAUUCGAAUGCUUGUACGUCGGGUCCCUCUGUUCGUUCACAAGACCAACAUUUUUUUGACUUUUUCUCUAUUUAAUUUAAUGGCAUAAGAGUUGACAUUUGGUUCA